AUGGGCUAUCCGUGCCAAGUCUUCCACGCUUCAGAGCUUCCUGAGCGCGUGCAGACCAACCUAAGCGGCCGGAAGCGCAAAUUGGAUAAAGGGGUCAAUAAUGUCGAGAUCUCUGGGUGCGAACUUCUCGAGAUGCUGCAGUACAAGUGCGAAAUCAAAGAGCCCGUCAAGCCGGAUAGUCCUGUGCAAUGCUUUGCGAUUGAGCGAUUGUUCCGGAAAUGUAAAGACAAAAAGGGCUCUUUCAUGGUCGAGACGACGGCCUGGGAGGGCAAAGAGUAUCCUCCAGUGGGACAGAGAAGUGAUGAUGGACAACACAGCAAAGACAGGGCGCCUCAGCACUAUCACUGGUCAUCAAGUUGGCACGCGCCAGACGCAGCACGAUAA